UUCAGAAUGGACCGCGGUGACCUAAAUAGUCAUGAUAUUCAUGCUUAUGGCAGAUUCUAUCCUGUAAGAGUUGAUGCUGCUUCAGUGAACGCUUUGGAUUUUCCACCAUUACUGAGCUUGAAGGCAAAAUAGCCUCGUCGAUUUUCCAGCGGAACCGGUCGACGGUGACGAUUGGUGGGGGAGCAGCCAAUGAGAGAGCCGCUGGCUGAUCAGCUGAUCGAAGCUGUCCAGAGCAGCAGUGUUGCUUGCAUUGUGACGUUGUCCUCGCCAAGGGACGGAUCGCAUCGGUGUUUUGCUGUGUGGUGCGGUGCUUGCUUAGCCGGCAAUGGAUGGAUAGAUCGGCCCGCACUUUCCACAAACAUUACUAAUUAUAUAUUCAACAGCACAAAUUCACACAAAACUCACCCUUAUCCCGCGAAUGUCCUCCAUUCUCAACAUUUUUCUAAUGCAACUGUCCGACUGAUUUACUAACACUAUUUACAAAUUAUUUUUAUUAAAAUGAUGACCAGUGAACACUUGGAACACUUUCUAGAAGAUUCUCCACACCGAGACGUAAAAUUAAAUGAAGUUUUCAAUAAACUCUCAGACAUUUUACAGCAACAAACACCGAUCAAACAAAAAAUGUCGUGCGAUGUUAUUGAUAGCAUUCUACCUGACCGGAACACAGUCCCAAUAUCUUCAGGUUCGACAAGGCCGAGCAGUGACGAGUGCCUCGGAGACGAUGGUAGCGCGUGCCAGUCGCUGACGAGGCGCCUGGAGGAGGAACUGCGAGCGGCCAAGACGGCGCAACUCUCCUGCGGCGAGGUGCUUCUGCCCGCAGACCUUCUUCCUAGGAUAGCUAGAGAUGUUAUUCGAAUGGCCGAAAACGAGCCUUGCGGAUUAAGGUAACUAUCAUCUCCAACCUCUGU